AGGCGUUAAAACCUCUAAUAUUUUAUCUACGAUUCAAUGCGCGUCUUACAUACUGAUUUGAAGACGUCAAAGUUUCCUCUUCGAUAUGUAGUUGAAUCUUGAUAAAAUUACUUCUGGUUUUAUAUAUAUUGUAGUUGGUGUGUUUAGUGUAAGAAAUACAGCAGGACACUGGUAGAACGAAAGCUAGAAGCUAGAAUAGAAAAUGACAAGACAGAUUUAUUGCCAAAUUGUUAGUAUUGUGAUAAUAUCAGAUACAUUCGGAAAAAAAUGUUGUUAGAAUCAAAAGUGUACCUGCAAUUGUAAUUGCACAUACUUGAGAUAUACUUACAGAAGAAGAAGAAAAUACAAAAAUGGACAGUUUUACCUGUUUCGUGAAAUUGCUGCAAAAGAAAGUUGAUCUACUGAAAAAAGAAGAAUUGCAAUGUUUGGGGGAUUCGAUUUUGAAGUUGCUGAAGAAGUAAAACGAGAUUUUUAUUGCGUCAUUUGCCUUAAUCUAAUGAGAAAUGCUAUGGAGCUAACAUGUGGUCAUGGAAUGUGUAAGAGUUGUUUAGAAGGCUUAAAAAAGAGUAGCAUGGAAAGGAAAAGUUUUAUCUGUCCAACUUGUCGAGAAAAAGUAGAUAACAACUCUGUGACUUCAGCUGCCAUGAUAGAUAGAAUGAUUUUAUCAGUGAAGGUUAAAUGUGAACUUGUCAGCAAAGGAUGUGAAUGGAUUGGUGAGCUCAGUGAUAUGAAGAAUCAUUUACAAAAGAGAUGUGAAUUUCAACUUGUUAGUUGUACAUUUAAAUAUUGUGAAAAGAAGGUGGAACGACACAAGCUAAAGAACCACAAGGAGAAAUGUCCUUACAGGCUGGAAAAAUGCCAGUUUUGCGACUUGACAUUCUUUCGCUCACAAUUCCAGGAUCAUUUACAAAAGAAAUGCGGAUUUCAACUUGUUUGUUGUACAUUUAAACCUUGUGAGGAAAAGAUGGAACAACGGAAGCUAAAAAGCCACGAGGAAAAAUGUCCUCACAAGCUGCAAAAAUGCCAGUAUUGCAACUUGACUUUCCUACGCUCACAAAUUCAGGAUCAUCACAGUAAAUGUGAUCGAUAUCCUGUCAAAUGCCCAAACGACUGCUCAGAUGAAUUUAUGGAGCGACGAACAUUGGAAUAUCAUCAUACCAUAUGUCUAGAAGCGCCUAGUUCAUGUGAAUUUUCAUCUUUUGGUUGCUACGUUCAGUGCUUUAGAAAAGAAAUAUCAGAACAUUAUCGAGACAGUUCACAUAGUCAUUUAUCCUUAACUCUUAACGAAAUUAAAAAACAAGUUAAAGCUAUGAAAAAUAUGCAAGCAGAACUUAAAAGUAUAAAAGGAGAAUUAAAAAUUAUCGAAGCAGUGCAAAAGGAUAUGUUGAGAAUGCAACACGCCUACAACAAUAUGAAAAAUGAGUUGGAAAGCAUGAAUACAAUGAGAAAAGAAUUGAAAAGUGUAAAGAAAGAACUUAAGGAAAAAAAGUCAAUGGAAAAGGAAUUAAAGAGUAUGAAAGAAGAAUUCAAGUGUAUGAGGUCAGAAAAAACAGAAAUUGAAAAUUUGAAAAAAAUGCAAAGAGAAUUUGAAAGCACAAAAAAUGAAUUGAAAAGUAUGAAAAGGGAAUUUAAAAAUUUCAAUGCAAUUAAAAAAAAAGAAAGGAUGAGGCAGAAUAAAGAGAACAGUACAUUUAAAAUUUUAUUGACCGUACUAUUUAAUAAAUUCACUACUUUUUCUUUUGAAAUUUUAACAACAUUAUAUAAGGUACUAGUUAUUCCUUUAUGGAAAUUAUUACAUUUCUUCUUAAUAAGUUUCGUCUGGUUACCUUUAUAUUUAUAUACCUUUGCAUUCGCGCGAGUCCUGCGGAGGAAUUAAGUCUGUAAUUGUCUCAAUUGUAAAGAAAGAUGUUUGGCCUUUUCAUAAAUAAACGAGGGCAUAAAACGGUUAAAAGAGUUAUUUAAGACUAAAAAAAUAAUUUGACCCUAUUCUGAAGAAGUAUAAAACACAAAGGAAAAGAAUAGAUACAUUUAUGUAGAUUUUAACAAGAUCAAAAGAGAAUACUUUGCGGAAUCUCUGAAAUGACCAAAAAGUUCAAUUACUAUAAAAACAGCGAUAUACAAGUGUGUUUGGUAAACAUCCCUUCCCUUUGUUUGUACGACUUUCUAAAGAACAUAGCAUCUAAAAUGAGUUUGGUGACAUUUUGCACAAAAUACGAAAGGGUUUAGAACGUUUCCAACUUGAAUUCAUUCAUAGACUAUGUGAUCAGAAUGAUGUGGAAAUAGAAUUGUAUUUUAAGAAAGGGUGGAGCACGUUUACUAGAAGAAUAUGAAUGAAAUUAAAAGUUUCUGGCCUCCCUACGUGAGGUGGACUUCUAAAUUUGUUUGUGCGGGUUAAUAAAUAUUCUAUUUUCGUUGCUUUGUUUUGUUUUGUUUUGUUUUGUGUUUUGUUUUAUUAUUCUUUGUGUAUUUAAAAUACCUAAUAAUACAAAUCGAAUAUUCAACAAAUAUUAAGGUUGCACUGUAAUUAUUAAUGCAUGUUUAGUUUUAUAUUUAUAUUUCCAUCCAUAUUUUAUUUAUCAGCAUUUAAAACGUCUAUAACAGUCAUGAAAUUGUUCAAAGCGUGGCCCAUCUAAGGUCUUUACGUGGUGUUCAUUUUAUUAGCUUGUUGCGCAUCUCUUAAUAUUUUAGAUGAUAAAACGUGUCACGGUAAGUCUUCCAUUCAUUCAUUUAAAAAGAUGCCCAACAAUCUAUAUUUAGCUACAAUUAGCAGUUUUAGCUACAAUUUGGAGCAUUUAUCACAACAAAGGCAAAUUUCCACAUCACUUCCUUUGCGCGGUUUAGUGGAAUAAAGCCACCCUUCAAGACAAAGCUUUUUCAUGUAAAAAAGUUUUUUCUGAUUCCUUGUACGAAAGGCCAACGUGCUUGUUGUACACAGAACAAACCGGGAGUAGUUUGAAAACACCUGUAAUAAUAUAAAACGGUUCCGUUUUAUGUACAGUCAGAUUAACAGAAAUCGUUGAAAGUUUCUAAAGCUGCUCUACAUACAAAAAAUCUAACGUUCUUGUAAGCUUUCUCUUUUACACCUAGUAUAUGGUUAAUUUUCUUAUAUGUUUUUAUUUUUUGUUUUACUUUCGUGAUUGUUGUAAUUUAGUCAAUUUAUUAUGUAAAACCGCUUAUGUAAAACCCACCUUAAAAAGAUAAUAAGUAAAAAAGUGCAUUAUUUGUUCGGUUACUUCAGAUCCUAGAUAGCAUUUGCUUUCCUACUUGGAAUAAAUCAAAAAAGUGGUCGCAAACAUUGCCGAUGAAAGUAAGGAAGAACCUUUGUUUAGAAGGAAUCGCUUGCAGAAAGGACUUUGCCCUUGCUGAACCUUCUAAAAAACGUAAUCCAUGAAAGCGCUAAUAAAUACGUGCUUAUUUUGCCAAAACCACGCUAAAAACAACACAAUAAAAGUCUUUGAUAUUCGUAUUCAUCUAUUGUUCCCUAUAUAAACUUAUAUAAAUUUGUUGACAGGAAAGACACACUUGCAGAGUAAUUCGCUCACAAUAUUUUAUUUCCUUUGUUAUUCACACUAAACAUGUGUUCAUAUAAACAUUUUAUAUUAGACAUUUCAUAUAUUUUAUAUAUAAAAUACAUAAGAGACAAAGUGUACAUCUUUCCUAAUUACAAAGUUGCGCAGUAAUGAAUUACAAAGUGGCGGAGAAAUCAUUAGGUGGCGCAAAACACGGCGGAAGUACAUAAACUCAAUAAGUCGAAACUAAUUGCAAGCAUAACUUUCUAAAUAACUUUUUGCAAAAAGAAACAUAUCUUUGAAACUCUGAAAAAUGGCAUUACUUUGAUGAAAUAAAUGUAAUUUUUACGCUUCUUUUUUAUAAUGCUUUGUUUGCAAACCAUAUUUCGUUCAUCGCCAACACGACGAAAAAUUUUUUAUUUGUGCAUUGAUUGUCUGUAUUUUUGUGGACUGGGCAACAAGUGAGCAACAAGGAUCUACAACAGAAACAAGUUAGUAGUGAGAAUUCAACGGCAGAAACAAGUUAGUACUGAGGAUUCAACGACAAAAAUAAGUGAGCAGUGAGAAUUCAAAGACAGAAACAAGUUAGUAGUGAGAAUUCAACGACAAAAAUAAGUGGGCAGUGAGGAUUCACCGACAGAAACAAGUUAACAAGUGAACAACGAGGAUCUAAAAAAGAAACAAUUGGGUAGUGAAAAUCAACAACAGAAGCAAGUGAGCAGCAAAAAGCAAGGAAGUAGAGACGAGAUAAAAUUGAAGGGAGAGUAUAAGAAAAAAGGAAACAACCAUGGCAACAUCAGAAAGAAUUAACAAGGAUAUCGAUGUCAUUAUUAAGAUACUAAAACUAUCAGAAAAGGCAGUGUGAAAAUACUUGCCAGGAGAAAAUAAAGGUGCUAGAAAGAACUCUAAAUUAAUCGAAGAACAACGAGACGAAGAGCAUCGGCUUAAAACGAAUGCGCAGAUGCUAAUGUUCAAGGAAGAGAUGAGCGAAGAGGAAGUAAAUGCGUUUGGAGAGCAGAUUGAUGAAAGACUGUUGAAAUCAGAAGAGCACUGCGACCAGUUGCAGAUAACCAUUGGAGCAAUUAAGUAACAUGAGGAACAACAAGCAGCUGCUGAACGAGAGAAAGAAGAACAAGAAAAGAGAAACGCUAUUUAUAAAGAAGAAUUGAAGUUAGAACGGAUGAAAUUAGAGAUAAAAAUAAAAUUCGACGGAAAAACAAUUAAAGCGAAUAAAGGUCAAGAAGUGCAGGUGAAACUGCCAAAGUUGGCGAUUUCCAAAUUUGAAGCAACCCAUCUUGACCGGCAAAGAUUUUGGGGGUAGUUCGAGUCCGAGAUUGAUAAAUCUACACUAUCUGCGUUUGCAAAGUUUUCGUACCUGAAAGAGCUUGUUGGAGCUAAGGCGAAAGUAUGUAUAGAAGAACUACCUCUUACUUGCGAAGGAUAUGGGAAAGCAAAAUCAAUCCUUAAAAAGAAAUUUGGGAAACCAAGUGAAGUGGCAAACGCUCAUAUUCAAGCGAUAAUCCAUCAAUGUAAUGGUCAGAAAUUCCAUGAAUUUUAUGAAAAAACUUACAGUCAAUAGAAACUGUGAUAAAAUUGAAGGAAAUCAAUGGAUACGUUAGACUCACGCUAGACAAGUUACCCUCAAUACGUGCCAAUCUAGUGAGACUGGAUAAUGACUGGCAAGAGUGGUACUCUUGUCAACUUUUAGAAUCGUUGAGGAAAUGGACAGAGAAAAACCCUAUUGCUGUUCAUGGACAAAAGAAGAAAGAACCAAAUAGAGAAAUUUCAUUACACACCAAACAAGGAGAGUGUAAGCCAAGUAAAUGCACCUAUUGUGACGAAGAGAAUCACAAGGCAGUCGACUGUAAACAAGCUGGAGAAAAGAAGAAAGAUCAUUAGCGACAAAAAACUCUGCUUCAAUUGCAGAGAAAGUGGUCAUAGAGCAGUAAAUUUUACAUUAAAGGUUACUCGGACACCCUCGCUCGCUACUACAAAAGAUCCUAUGAACUAUCCGACUGUAAUGGUUUAAGUAAAUGGAGUGAAGUCUCUUGCACGUUUAGAUGCUGCAGCAGGAAGUUUGUACGCGUCUAAUACCCUCAUUAAUCGACUGAGCAUGAAACCCACAAAAAAACAGAAGUGAAAGGAAUAGAAAUGAUGCUUCAUACUUUAAAGAAGAAAAUUGAAAUCUUUAACGUCACCAUUUCAAGCCUGGAUGAGACAUUCACUAUAAACAGUGAGGUUAGUUAGAUCGAAAAUCAGCUUUGUUAUCGCUAUUCAAUCCGAGAUUCUCUGAUCUAAAGAAGAAUUACAGACACUUAAAGAAUGUUUACAUAGAAGAUUAUCAUGCGAAAGAAGAAGUUCCAGUUCACUUGAUACUCGGUGCAUCGGACUAUGCUCGCAUAAGAACAAGAACUGCUCCCAGAAUUGGAAACUCAUGCGAACCUGUAGCAGAACUGACGAAACUGGGAUGGACGAUAAUAUCUCCUGGAAAAGAAGUUGACCUCACGAACUUGUAUCUAAUGCGAAGUUUUAGUGAAGAUUAUGAACGCCUUUGUGCAUUAGAUGUGCUGACACUAGAGGAAGUUAGCUGCGGAAGUCAUGACGAAGUUUACCAAAAGUUCAAGAAUCUUAUUAAGGCCCCAGAAGUGUGGUACGAAACUGGUCUUUUAUGGAAGACGGACGGGCUACCAGAGACCAACAAACAAGGAAGUUUGGGAAGACUCGACAAUCUUUUAAGCAAACUCAAGAAAAAGCCCGGGUUGUUGAAGGAGUACAACGAAAUAAUGGUUAAACAAUUCAGCAAAGGUAUCAUAGAAAAGGUCACUCGCAAAGCAGUAAGUGGAAAAUAAUUUUAUCUUCCUCAUCAACCGGUGGUUCGAGAACAGGCCGAGACUACCAAGGUGAGAAUUGUAUAUGACGCCUCUGAUAGACCCAAUGAUAGCAGCCCAUCCCUUAAUGAUAGCCUUGAAACUGGCCCGCCAUUGCAGAAUCUGCUCUGGAACAUCAUGGUGAGGAACAGGUUCAAAUCAUUCAGUUUAUGUGAAGACAUAAACAAGCCUUCUUGCAAAUAAGAAUCAUAAGGGAAGAUAGAGACUGCCUUAGAUUUUAUUGGUCGAUGAUCAGAUGAGGAGAAACCUAGAGCCUUUGAGAUUCACACGAGCAAUAUUUGGUAUGGGACAGUCACCUUUUCAUUUUAAAGGAACGGUAGAUGUCCACUUUGAUGAAAUGAAAAGGCUUCACUAUGACCUUAAGGAAAUUAUCGAAGAAAUAGAAGACGACCUUUAUGUGGACGACCUCAUAUCUGGAGGUGUUAACGUAAAAGAAUCUGCAAAACUGAAAGAGAUCGCCAAGUCUACGUUUGGUGAGGCCGGCUUUGUGCUGCAUAAAUGGCAUUCGAACAAAAGAGAUUCGAACUAGAAGAUCACGAAGCAAUUGCCUCGUCUGCAGAACAGAGCUAUGAUAAACAAACCCUUGGUGUACGAAUCCAAGAUUCCCGGCUUAGCUUGUAAAAAGAAGGAUGACACCCUUGCUGUUAAUAUACAGGAGUUAAUCGAUGAAGAAACAAAGAGAGGCAUACUGCAAUUUUUAGCGUCAAUAACUCCCUUAGAUUUGCCCCGCCUGUUUUAUUGGUUGGAAAACUCAUUUACCGAGAAGUCUGCGAACAGAAGUUCAACUGGGAUCAACCCUUGUCACAAGAAUUGUCUCGAAGAUGGAAACGCUAGAUCGAUUCACUUCCUGCGAAAGUUGAGCUGCCGAGAACGCUUGCUAAGUUGGAGCAACUUAUCAACAAAAUUGAUCCAUACGUAUUUGGUGACGCAAGCUCCGAUGGAGUAUUAGCAGCUCUGUAUGCAGCAGUUUUAUCAUUAUAUAGAAGUAACACAAGGUUUGGUCACGUCCAAAAGUCGUCUAGCAAAAAAGAAAGUACCAUUCCACGUUUAGAGCUCAUUGCAUCUCACAUGGCAGCUAAUUUUAUGGAAAAUGCUUGGUCUGCGUUAAAACGAUAUCCUGUAGCUGAGUGCUUCGAAUAGAGCUUAUUUUAUUUUACAUGUAUGUUCAUGUCGACAUGAUGCAACAAACAUCAACCUCGGAGAUAUUAACAACGAAACACCAUUGCAUUAUGCUGAACAAAAUCAUUUGAAAUUUUUAAUUGUUUUCUGCCUGAAAGAUAAAAAAAUUCUGAUUUGUUCAUGCAGGCACUUCAAUAUUAUGUAAGGCAUUCAUCAACGAUUGUGUCAUUGAUGUGGAAAUAACUUUUGGAUUCGUACAAAGCCUGGUCAUAGCGUAAAAGUCGUAAAAACACUAUGCGAGAAACAAAAUUAUUUCUGGGUUGACAGAUUUCACGUCAACUUUUAUAGCUUUUGAUAUCGUUACAUGGAGCGAAAAAGGGCUUCAUGUUAUAUUUUGAAUAAUUUUCUUGAUAUUAUCAGAUCAAUAAUCUUCAAUUUUGGUGUUCAAUUUUAACUGUCAAUAUGAGAAAACUAGUCGAUAAGGCCCGUGGAAAAAUCCACUUAGGCAGAAGGACAAUGGGAAAAUAGGUUGCUUUUAGAUGUUUUUCUGACGUCAGCAGUGCAUAUACAAAAAAAUGUUCUUAAAAUCUUACACAAAAUGUCAAAUAUCAAAUCGCAUUAAAUCCUCCACACAAAUCUUACACAAAAUAAAAAAGAACAGCUUCCAAGGUGUAAAAUCUAGUUGAUAAAAAGUUACAACAACGACACUCAAACAUCGACACUCGAAACAACAACACUAAACUCACAAAACCGACAGUAAGAAGACCGACAGUUACAACACCAACAGUCACAACACGGAUAAUAACAAUGUCAGAAAUAACGCAUCUCAAAUAUGUAUAUACAUCUUAUAAGUGAUUAUGUUGAAAACCCUCAGUAUUUUAUUCUGAAGUGUCAAAAAGGAGGCCUCCAAGAGUUAGCACAAAUCAACAAAAAUAAGUUUUUUACACAGUUUAAAUAUUGUUUUCCCCUUACGCUUAUACAAAAAUAUGAAAAAGCCAUAGUUUGGAAAACAUCAAAUUUAAAUCUAGAAAAAUCAGUCAUUUCAGUUGCAUACCAUCCUCUCCCACAAAAAUUUACACAAAAUGUAAAAAUCAACCAGUUAAGAACACAAAAAUUUUCUCUUUUAGUUCCGUACUGCCCUUUACCAGCAAUUUUAAACAUAAAUGUCAAAAAAUCAAUGAGCAAAGAAUAAACUUGAAUCAACAAAGAUUAUGUGUAGAGCUUGAAACACUAAUCAAAAUAAUGUAUAGAAUCAAGUACAACACUUACAAUAAUACAGUAAUAAAGUCAGAAAUAAGACAUCUCAAAUAUUUACUUCGUUGAAAACCUUUAAUAUUUCAAUCAGAAGUGUCAAAAAACAUCAAAUUUAUAUCUGGAAAAUCAUUUAUUCGAUUACAUACUAUCCUGUUUCCUAAAAAUAUAUAUACACAAAUUGUAAAAAUUAACAGGUUAAGAACACAAAAAAAUUUUCCUUAGUAUGAUGAUCUGUAGUUACCUUUACCAACCAUUUUAAACGUGAAUGUCAAAAAUAAAUAAGGAGUAAAUUUGAAUCAACAAAGAUAUUAUUUUUGGAAAACAAAGUGCAUAUACGGUCCGUCCUCACAAAAGUUAACACAAAAUGUAAAACAGAUCGGUUUUUGAGGAGCACAUCCAAAUCAACAAAAAUCAGCUCAUUUAGCAUGUUCUAUAUUGCUAUUGUCCAUAAAUCUUCUACAAAAAGGUAAACACAUCAAAUUAUAGAAAAAUCAGGCAUUUCAUAAAAUAUAAAAAACAAAAAAGUUUUUUCAUCAUCAAUAAACACAGUUAUAUAUUACCACAAUUAUAAAAAUCUUAGCAAAAACGUGAAACCAUGGAAUUUUCUUCCAGCAAAAAUGACAUCACAUACAGUUUAAUUCUCCCCAACAAAAGUUUAUAAUACGAACUAUGAAAAAGCCAUUAGCUUACACAACAGCCUUCAGUGGAGGCCAAUUCUACAAAAUUUGUGCUUUCAGUAUAUAUUGCAUGUGGUCUUUUUCCCACACAAAAAAGAAAAUUUUAAAAAACAGCAGUUUGCAACACAAACAAAAACACGAACAACCUUCCCGAACCGAAUGACUAUCCUCUCAUAAAUUAAAAUAAAGUCAAAAACCCAUGUAAAUUUCCAAUCAAAUGUCUACACCCCCCUGUAAAAAUAACCUGGCAUUUUACAUGUAGGCUGACGCUUUAAAUUCUGGAAAAAAAAAUUCCACUUGUCAUAUUGCACGUGGUCCCUUUGUAAAGUUUACAGGAAAUGCGAAAAGAAAUAUAAAAUACAUCUGCAAAAGUUCAAGACUUUAAAGAUUUUGUAUCGUGCUCAUAAAAGAAAAGAAGUUAAGGAAACUAAGGUAGCUAGCUAUAGAUAAUUAAAAAAAAGGAAUAAAAAUAUAAGUCAUAGGUUAGAGCUAGCCAUGGGAUGAGAAGAGCAGGCAUUGGAGGCCAACAUUAGCUAGCUAACAGUAGCUAAGACCCCCAGUUAAAUAUACUUAACCUGGGAACACUUAGCUAAAACUAAAGCUAGCUAUUUAUGCUUAGUAAAACACAUAUAAAGAGAAACAAUAGUAAUGUAAAAAUAAUAACAUAACAGUGAGCAGUAAGUUCAACAAACCAAAGUUUUCCGUUUGUUAGUCAGCUAACAGCUUUAUGUAGCAUUUUGAAUUUUAGGACAAACACAUUAGUUACGCACCAGGGGAUACAUUAAUUAUGCAACAAAAACAUAAACAAAUAUGGUGGCUAGGUUUGUUUUUAAAAAAGCGCUAAAAUAUAAAACUUCAAGAAUUUGAGGCUUUUCUUGGAAAAUGCGAGUCUGCUUGCUCCAGUGACAUAAAAACUAAACGUCUAAAAACAUCAAAGUUCUUACUAUUAUUGAUUUUAAAUCCACUUCAAACUCUAGCCUUUAUUUUCUAAUUCUAACUUUACUACUUUACUUCUAGCUCUAGCUACCACUUCUUAAUUCACUUCUUGGACUUUUCUUUCUCUGAAUUACUUUUUGCACUUUUUUCAAGACGAAGGGACCGUUCUUUUUUUGUUGUUGUUUUCGGUGUCGAGGGACACCAUUUUUGUACAGAAAGCCGUUAAAUUUAUUUCAGCAAAUCAAGUUGAUCCAUUUUGAUCACGUGAUGUAAACAAAGUAAACCUGCUAGCAAAAUGGAUAUAACUUUUUCGGAGACUUGAAAGGAAAUUUCGGCUACAUCAAAGGAAAAUGAACACAUCCACUUUGCCUGUCACAGACAGACGGACACACUUAGCGUAUUAUUAUAAGAGAUGACAAUAUACGACGGUCUGUGUACGAAAUUGCAUUUUUACAAGUUUUCUUGGUUCUCAUAUUUUUCAAAUUUCUUUAUUUUUAGAUGACGAGCGAACCCAUUUUUUUAUUAUAAUUAUAAUGUAAAUGAAUUUGUACAUAUUCAUACCAAAACAAUACUAAAUUUGCAGAAUAUUCGCUGACAAAGUUAUAAAAUAUUUGCUCACGUUCUGAUUAUGAAAUAAAUUCCUUCGCAGGAGGGCUUUUGGCGUCACCCCCUGACUUUUAAUUUCGCUGGCAAAUAGUGGUUUUACGUGUAAUUUUUGGUAAAGAAUCACAAACCAGCUCAAAACAAAGCCUUGUAAAAAUGAAAAUUUAUUUACUGGCACCUUUGAAACCACAAAAUUAGCAAACUAAAAAAUGGAAAAUGUUUUAGCGGUGUAUAUCGCUCGAUGGAGUUACAUUGGUCACCAUUGGUCACCAUUUUACGGCUGGCAAGUGAAAAACUUUACCUUGAGGGGGUAAAUCGAAAGAAAUAAUAAAUUAGAAAUAUUUAUUAGAAACCCAUAAAAAAUCACUAUUUAAUGGCCUUUUUAUAAUCCUAUUUGGUAGGGGAAUUGAGGGAGGUUAUUGGAACAGUUGUUACGAAACUUUGUGAAUAUUAAUAUGCUUAUAGCAAGCAACAUUUCCAAAAAUAUCGACUCUAUCUGUUGACGUCGUCACAAGUUAUGAUGCAUUGUUUAAAACUACUAUACUAAACGUUCUCAGCAAACGCAAAGUGAUAUAAAUUCUCAUAUAGGCAUGAACAUUUCACAAGGGUUUGUUUAUGUUAUUACAGGAUUUUCACGAUUCUAUUCCACUAUAUAAAACAUAUGGGAUUUUUUAGGGUGUUGCCAAUAACUAUCUAUCUUUAUGGGCAUAAACUUCAAGAUAUGUUAUGAACCAUUGUUACUGCUAACAGAAAAUCUAAAUAGAAUGGAAAAUCAAUCCUUAGAACGUUCUCAAACGCGUUUAUAAACAAAAAGCUGUUGCUACCACUUUGUUGUUUUAUACUACAUAACAUACCACAACAUAGCCCGGGUUCCUGACGCUCUCAUCGGCAUUACGGCGACUACACGGUUCAGGGCCGCAAAAAGUAGAAAAAAAAUUCCAAAGUCUUUUUCCUUUUUCUGUUUAUUUUUUGUUUUUUUUUCUUUAACGCAGGACACAAAUUAAUAGCAGUAUAUACUUACAAACUGAAUUGUGCAUAUCCUGGGUAAAAAUUCAUGAAUAAUAAUCGUUUUAAUAAAUAAUUCUGUUUAUUGUCAUUUAUUUCAUUCUAUGUCAUAUUCCGUACUUCAUAAUUCCAUUUUAUUGCUUUUAAAAUGUCCAUAAACACCCUACCUCCUGUAAAUAGCUCUCGCUAAUUAAGCAGGAGGUAGUGUACAACUAAAAUUACCUUUUCCACAAGCUUUCUUAUUUACGUUCUUUGUGACCUCACAUGCUCACAUAUACUAUGAAAAAACAACAAAAGUUUCUUCAAAGAAAUACACCUAUAGCAUGUCCACAACGUUAAAAACAAAGUGCUCAACAAACAGAGCGGACGAUGUAGCGCAGUUAAAAAUGUGUUUUGAAAAGGAAAGAUAAAGAGGAGAUUUCUCAGAAAAGAGAGAAAAAGUCGACACAAGCACAUUCAAUGAGGUAAAUCUGUAUAAUCCUAUCAUGUUGAGGUGUCUUCAUAUGCUUGCUCUCGAAGCUUUGGUUCGUUAAACAUGUGAAUAACAUUGCAUUUGGUAUAAAAUUUCAUUUUAAGCGCUGGAAGGCCUUUUUAGGGUAAAAGCAUCUUCUUUUUCUGAUCACCGCUUCUAUUACCCCUACCAUUUUUAAAGUAACGUUUAAAUUCGCAUAAUUAUGAGUAAUUAAUCGGGAAAAGUUCGUUUUUUUUUAACUGUCAAAAAUUCAAAUCAGGGUCCACCUGACUUUUUUUUCUUCCCUCACUCAAAAACUGCAGAAGAAGAAUUAGAAAAAAAAGUCAGGUAUGCCAGGCUAACCACAACGUUGCUUUGUUUGAGUUUAUAGACGCGGCCUGCAAAAUGUUCAUGCUCCCUGAAAAAAAAUUUCAGUCAACAUUGUGUGAACACUAAGAAACUGAAACGUAACACAUAACGCUGUCGAAAACAAUCAAAAUGUUAUCGGUCAUAACAUGUUCAAAACAGUGUCAGAGAGUCAACAUUAUAUAUUAAGAGACUUAAAAGUAAGUCAAAACGUGGAAAAUUAUAUAGGAAGUUAAUAGAAGUGUAGAUUGAAAAGGUUUUUUUUAUUCUGAUUGAUUAAAAAUUUCUAAAAAUAAGCAUGUUUGAGGAACGGCCAGAAAAGAAUGAAAAAGAAAAAAGAUACACCAUACUACUUUUCAAUCCAACAUUCACCGUUUUAGGCUUGAAACGCUAAAAAAAGUUGGGUUUUUUUGCCUAUUCAAAAUUCGAAAUACAUACAGCGUUUCGUGUGUUUUGCUACUUGCGGAGUAAUUUUGAGCAGACAAACAGACGUAUACGGGUAUUGCAAUGAAGAUAGUUUGGUCAAUCGCUAGUAAGAAAUGGUAAGGCAAAAUUGCUGGCUAAACAAACUCAUACUUUGCUACGCAGUAUGACUGAAUGAACCACAGACGUUUUUAAAGGAAGAGCAGUGUUUGUGUUAGCCCUAGGAAUGUAUACAUUUUCUAGCUAGAAUAUUGAGAAAGUUUGGGUGUCAAUAUUAUUUUCUGGUAUUAAUAUGCUUAGGCGUGUUUUUGUAUCCAGCACAAGACAAUUAUAAUCCUUAUAAAUAUAAAUAACAUGUUACAAUAAAAUAAUUUUAUAAAAUAUAACUUUAAAUAAAAAAAGAUAUAAUUUAAUCUCUAAUCUUUCCGGAUUC